CUCCGUUUCCCUCUCGCCAUCUUCUUCCUUUCUCUCUCAUCGUUCACGACAACGAUGGGGAACAGUGCGUCCUCGUCAGGACGUGGCCCCCAUGACGACACCGUAGAUUUUGGGUUUCUUACCCCGCAGGGCGUUUACACCGGUCAAAGGGACUGGAAUGAGUCGAUUGUCGGCCAACUCAUCUGCGAGCGUAAGCUCGCUCCAUUUUACCGCCCACUCGAGGACUAUGACCCCUCCUGGGACGACGAACGGAUACUGGCAGCUCGGAAGGAGCCACCUAAUCUAAACGGUGACGCGACCGAAUCCAUACGCUCAGAGGCCUCUAGCACUUCCAAGCACGGACAUCACAAGCGGCCAAGUAACGUCAAGGAUGUUACACGCUCGCCGGAGGCUGCCAUCUACCGUGGCGCUGUAGAAUGCCCAAUUUGUUUCCUAUAUUACCCCUCUAAUAUCAACAAGUCACGAUGUUGCGAUCAAGCCAUUUGUACCGAAUGUUUUGUCCAAAUCAAACGCUCCGAGCCCACCGUCACUCACCUCCAGUCUGAUCCCGCAUGCUGUCCAUAUUGUGUCCAAGAAUAUUUCGGCGUUGUAUAUACUCCUCCUCGAUGGCGUGCAGGUAUUGGAAGCGAGGGAUGGAAUGCUCCGUCUUGGCCCGAGCAGGGCUCGAACGAGCAACCACCCAUCGGAAUGCAGAAGCGCCGCAAGAGCUUCGGUGCGGACAGUAGCGAGGUUGUCACUACAGGUAUUUGUUCUUCCAUUAACAUCUUGGAGAAGUUUAGACUCAAGGGAGUACACGGUUCAGAUCAAAUACGUCCCGACUGGGAAUCUAAACUGGCAGCAGUUAAGGCUGCUGCUGCUCGGCGUGCCAACAGACGUAUCAUCAUGAGGCAAGUUGGCGAUCGACUUAUUCCUGUCGGAGUCACCAGUGGCCGCGUGCAUGCACUCCCAGCCGAAGGUGGCGAGCCUGCUACUGGCGAUGGCUCGGGAAGUCGGAGAUCACGUAGGCGGCAGCAAAAUGAGCUCAAUCACUUAUUGGGAUCUAUGGGACUAGGAGGACAAGAUCUGGAAGAGCUGAUGGUCAUGGAAGCCAUGCGACUUUCACUUCUCGAGCACGAGGAACAGCAGCGUCGUGAAGCUCAACAACGAACACAGAACGGUGGUGAAGGUUCCAGUGCUGCGCAAUCACCGAGCGAGGAGCCAGCUCAGCCAGCCUCCGAGGAGCCAAGUGCCGCAGCUCACUCCUCCUCAAUCUCAAUCUCCUUCAAUGCAGCGGGAGACCGUGUACCUGCUUCCUCUCACUCUGCUUCACCUUCUCCGAUCAGCACUACUCGUCCAGGUGCCUCCGCCAAUCCCACACCGCCUAACGGAUCCACCCCUCCAUCCCCAGCUACACCGCAACCCAUACCUGGAACCAUUACACCUGUCAUUGUUCCUUCACCAGAACCAGCUGAAGAGGCGGCGGUUAGCGACGUAUCGGUCGGCCAUGAAAAUGCUCAUGAUGAACCAGGCGAACCGGUAGACCUACGCGGGGCACCUCACCCUCCUGCUACUCCUACUCCGUCUUCGUCAGCCUCAGCAAACCCGAGUCUCACGGUGCCUGUCGAGCUCGGUUCGCGUCAAAUGAGUAUCGGAUCAAGUAUCGUCUCCGAACCGUCGGUAUCAUCACCGAUAGAUGAACAGGAUGGCGGGAGCGGGAAAGGAAAGGGUAAAGAGAAGGAAGGCGCGGGAUAUUCGAUGUUGGCGUCGUCAGAGGAGUCAUUGGUAGCAAGGGCUCCGCUAUUGAGGUCAGAGACGAUGAAUACGACGUUCACCCAGGCAACGCAUGGAGAUGGCGAGGAAGCAGACGGCUCAUUGUAGGCGAUUGACGUCUACAGAUGCCGGUGUGGGAUGUGGUGUAAUUUUAGUAUCUUUCUACGUGGACGUUUUAUGCGCUAAGCUUGGGACGGAUAGGAUGGUACGUCUGUAAGUAUGGAUGCUUUGCUCACGGUGUAGUCUGAGCUCCUUUGGGUCGGUAUGGUCUUCUCUUCAACGCAGAAUCGUGAUGGGAGGACCGCAGACCGUUGGGCGAAUCAGGCAUUGUACAUUUCGUACCAUCCUCACCAUCGAUGUCUCUACAUUUCACACCUCGCCUUUUUGACUUCAGGUUCUCUGUUUUUUAGUUUCUCUCCAUCUCUGAUCGUCCAGUUGUGCACACCUGUCUGUUCAUGCCACUCGUCGCUCUCCUUGUAGCUUAAUACACUAGAGUUCCUCUUUGCAUUCUCAUCCUGCUGAUAAUGACUUCAUUCUAAUGAUUCGC